UUCAAGCAAUAUUAUUUCUGUUAUUAUGGCUUUCGAGCCUUCAUAUUCCAAUAUAGUAUUCAUCCAUCCCGUGGAAGACAAGUACAAGUGUGUUUCGUGUGGUGAUGUUUUGAAAAAUCCCGUUCAGUCAUCAUGCGGACACAGGUUUUGCAGAACUUGUGUAGACAGGAUACUGCAGUGUCCAAAGCCAGUUUGUCCAAAUGACAGUGAGGAAAUCCAAAUUGACCAGAUUUUUAAUGAUCGUGGCGCAGCCCGGGAGAUUGCUGCACUUGAGUGUUACUGCCCUCAAAAAUCUUCUGGCUGUAGUUGGACAGGAACUGUUGAAACACUGAAAGAACACGAGUGUCCCUAUGAAAAGGUGUCAUGCAUAGUUGAUGGCUGUGAAGAGCUAGUGCUCCGGUGUCAGUUGCCGCGGCAUGUUGAAAAGGAGUGUAAAUACCGACCAAUUCAAUGUUUGUACUGCACUUCACUUGUUCCUGAAAUCUUUCUAGAAAAGCAUUUUGAUGAGUGCAAAAAAUAUCUUCUUGAAUGUGAAAACAGAUGUGGAGAGAAAGACAUUCCAAGAGAGAGAAUGGAGGAACACAAACAUAUGGAAUGCCCCUUGGAACGCAAGUACUGCAGGUUUCAUCAUUUUGGAUGCGAUUUUAACAACACAAGAGAACAGCUGGAAGAACACAUGAAAGACGCACAACAAAAACAUUUAAUACUUGCAGUAGAAUCUGCCGAAAAGUCCUACUGCAAGUUGCAGGAGUUGGAAAGGAAAACAUUAGGACUACAAGAAACGAAUCGAUUACUUGAGAGUUACAUUACUAGUCAGAAGGAAACCCUGUUGACUGCCAACGAGACACUCUCCACACAGCAAGUAAAACUGAAUAAAGUUGAACAAUUUGUACAAGAUCAACAGAAAAUUCUGGACGAGAUGCCUAAACGGCAACUUUGUAAAGAAAAUUCACGUGAAACGCAAAGUAUCAAUAAAAACAUUCUUGAGUUUGAGAAAAAGAUUGAAAGUUUUUCUCAAAAGCUGAAAAGUCUACAAGAAGACGUCCUGUUCCGAAGUAUGACCAGUUAUCCCUCAGACAGAAAAAACCCUAGAUUUGACCAGAUAGAACAAAUGCUGACCGUUCAUGAGAUACACCUUGCGGAACACAGUCAACGUCUUCAAAUCCUAAACGCAUCCAGUUAUGACGGAACAUUUCUCUGGAAAAUUGAAAACUACAGCCAGCAGUUCACCGAGGCAGUGAGUAACAAAACUCCAUCUCUAUAUAGCCCGCCAUUUUACACCAGUCGCUUUGGGUAUAAACUCUGUGCAAGGAUUUAUCUAAAUGGGGAUGGGACAGGCAAAGGAACGCAUAUGUCGCUCUUUAUUUCCGUAAUGAGAGGUGAAUACGACGCGGUUUUGCCCUGGCCGUUUACAAGAAGAAUAACACUAAGAUUAUUGGACCAGAGUCAAAAUUUAGACGUGACCGAGACGUUCUUACCUGAUCCAAACAGCAGCAGCUUCCAAAAGCCAAAGUCACAAAUGAACAUAGCGUCAGGGUGCCCUAAAUUUUGCGCGCACUCGCGACUGCAAAGCAAUGGUUACGUUAGGGAUAAUACUGUUUUUAUCAAAGUAAUUGUAGGUUAAUUACCUGGGCCCUACAUACCAUUCAUCACACACCGCAAUCCAUUUCUCAUAUCACGUGACCCUUCCCGAAUUUUGAACUUCGGAUCACGUGAUCAUAUCAAAUUAACAUGUCACAGGAAACUACUAGUUAUUCGUUUUAUUGGUCAAAUAUUUAGUACAAAUUGAUGAAUCACAUUCAGUGCUUUUUUAUCAUCUAAAUAUCAAUAUAAAUGCCUAAAUGCCAAAACGUUUUCCGUUUAAUAAAUAAAAAAUAAAAAUUAAUCAAAAGACAA